CUCGGCACUCACUGUGCUUGCCGUCAUACCUCUGUGGUGCAGGAAGGCUGGGUUCGCGAGGUGAAGAAGGCAGCAUUGCAGGAGGCACUGGAGCAGGAGUGGGAGCUGGAUCAGGAGCAGGAACUGGAUCAGGAGCAGGAGAUGCAGGCAGAGAUGUCAGCUGUGCCAAGGUUUUCCCAAUUUGCUGAAGCAGACAAAAGGACUCUGACUCUCAGCGGCCAUGUUGGAUUUGACAGCCUCCCAGAUCAGCUGGUUAGCAAGUCAGUGUCUCAAGGUUUCUGCUUCAACAUCCUCUGUGUGGGUGAAACUGGGAUUGGAAAAUCAACAUUAAUGAACACUCUAUUUAACACAGUCUUUGAAAAUGAGGAGGCCAGUCACUAUCAAAGUGGUGUGUAUUUACGACCCAAGACAUAUGAGCUGCAGGAGAGCAACGUCGAGCUCAAGCUGACAAUUGUCGACACCGUGGGGUUUGGUGACCAGGUCAAUAAAGAAGAAAGCUGUAAACCCAUCACAGACUACAUUGAUGCCCAGUUUGAGAACUUCCUCCAAGAGGAGCUGAAGAUCAAACGUUCACUCUUUAACUACCAUGACACGAGGAUCCAUGUCUGCCUGUACUUCAUCUCCCCUACAGGCCACUCCCUCAGAUCCCUCGACCUGGUCACCAUGAAGAUGCUAGACAGUAAAGUAAACAUCAUUCCCAUUAUUGCAAAAGCAGACACAAUCUCCAAAUCUGAGCUUCAUAAAUUCAAGGUUAAGAUCAUGAGUGAACUUGUCAGCAAUGGUGUUCAGAUUUACCAGUUUCCCACAGACGAUGAAGCUGUUGCAGAAAUCAACUCCUCCAUGAACGCUCUUCUGCCAUUUGCUGUGGUGGGAAGUGGAGAGGAGGUUAAAGUGGGAAACAAGCUGGUGAGAGCCAGGCAGUACCCAUGGGGAGUGGUACAGGUGGAGAAUGAGAGCCACUGUGAUUUUGUAAAGUUGAGGGAGAUGCUGAUCCGGGUGAACAUGGAGGACCUGCGGGAGCAGACACACACACGCCAUUAUGAGCUGUACCGCCGCUGCAAACUCGAAGAGAUGGGCUUCAAAGACCCCAGCACUGACAUGCAGCCAUUCAGUCUACAGGAAAUGUAUGUGGCUAAAAGGAGAGAGUUUGUCGCAGAGCUGCAGCGCAUGGAGGAGGACAUGCGCCAGAUGUUCGUCGUCAAAGUAAAGGAGACAGAGGCUGAGCUGAAGGAGAGAGAGCGAGAGCUGCAUGAGCGUUUCGAGCGUGUCAAGCAUAUGCACCAGGAGGAGAAGAAGACUUUAGAGGAGAAGCGCAGAGAGCUAGAGGAGGAGAUUAACUCCUUUAACAGGAGGAAGAUGGCGGCUGAAACACUGCAGGCUCUCUCACUCCAGACCUCCAAAGACAAGAAAAGGUGA